UUAUGAGGGGUUCCCACCAUCCUUGCCCUGAGUUCCCAGGUCUGUACACCUGCUGUGCCCAUUAUGAGGGGUCCCCACCAUUCCUGCUCCGAGUUCCCAGGUCUGUACACCUGCUGUGCCCAUUAUGAGGGGUUCCCACCAUCCUUGCCCUGAGUUCCCAGGUCUGUACACCUGCUGUGCCCAUUAUGAGGGGUUCCCACCAUCCUUGCACUGAGUUCCCAGGUCUGUACACCUACUGUGCCCAUUAUGAGGGGUUCCCACCAUUCCUGCUCUGAGUUCCCAGGUCUGUACACUUGCUGUGCCCAU